UUAACGAGCUGGGUGGUGAAGUUCGAGAAAUAGCGCGUGUUGAAGCGUGACUGUACCGACUUGAAGGACAGCUGCGUGAUCUGCUGAGGUUGAGUGAGUUAACGAGAGAGAGUGAGGUAGAGAGAGAUAGAGAGUGUGUAGGUAAAAAGGUUAAGAGAAUGUGAAGAGUUUAAUGAAAGUUACUCACGCCACUUGUAAAUCGCGUAAACUCUGUAAGCAGCAAUAAAUUGAAAAUAAAAGUGAUUACUUUAAGUCUUGAACUCAUUUUGAGGUCUGCGGAAGAUUUUAAAAUGGCGGUGAAUUUGAAAUAAUUUGAAAAUAGAAAAGUAAUUAAAUAAACUAGAUAAUUAGUAACGGCAAAAAAUAGAUUUGAUGGUGUGGCUUAGGAGAGGUAUUUUAAAAGAGAAAUACUAAUGGCUUUAUAAUAAUACACUGUAAAAAAUAGUGCCGCAGUUCAAGCGCUGCUAUUUUUUGAGUGUUUUGUUUUUUGUGUAUUUUUCUAUUGCGAAUAUAUUUUAUCUAUUUUUUUACUAAUUUUAAACAAAGUACAUACAUUCUCGUGUAACAUAUUAGCAUAUAUAAUAAUCAUUAUGAUUGCAUUUUUCUAACUAGCCACUAAAUACACGCCAAUUAAACAAUGACUGCGGCAUAAUUAGAAUUAAUGAGGCGUAAAAACUAAUAUUUGCUGGAAAAAAUUACGCAAAAACUAUUUGAAAAUAAUUAUUUGCAUUCCACUAAUGUAAUGAAAGCCAUGCAGGCGCGCUUGUGUCGGAAAAAUCAAUUACUUUUUAUAGCGGCUUUGCUUUUAGCGCUGCGCGUAGAAAGGAGCCAUGAAGGAAAGCAAAACACGGCACUGUACUUUCGCAGCAUUGAGAAGAGCUACAAUCCGAAAUACGUCGACAGCUUUGCCUGCAACAUCUCUACCGAUCGCUCGACCAUUAGUACGUCAUUGAAUAUAGCAAAAAAUGUAUCUGUGGAUUUCUGGAUGAAAGUAGCCAUAGCAUUUAAACAACAAGCUUCGAAAAAAUAUCGUUCGAUUUUGUCGUUCAACGUCAAUUUGUGCGAGGUGCUACGCAACGAGUUCAAUCAGCAGGGUUUGGUGCACUUGUGGAUAAGGAAUUUACAGAAAUAUAGUAAUAUGCCACGCACUUGUCCGUGGAAAGCGGGUUCAUAUUACUGGCUUAAUUUGCGUCCAGAAGCGGGCACUAUACCGAAAUUUAUCUCUGCUGGUCUAUUUCGCAUCGAUACCCAAUUCUACUUGAAAGCCUUAAAUAAUGAGCCAUUUACAAACGUCACAAUCGUUUUCGAAUUGCAUCGAGAUUGAAAUCGAAA